UUCCCGAACAUUCCGAUCCCGAACCUGUAAUCAGAAUAUAAUUUUUAAAUAACAUAACCAAACUGUAAAAUAAUAUUAGAAUAAUCUACAGUUAAUAACAAAAUGUUUGCAAUUAAAAAUCAAAACAACUUUUCCCGUUUUUUCUUUUCGAUUUAUGCAAAAACAGAAUCAAUUAUAUCAAGGUGCAUUAGCAGUACAGAAACUUUAGAACCAAUAGAUAUGUCUUAUGCAACUUAUGAAAGUACUGGUAAUGAAAUUGUACAAAGUAAUCCAUUUAUUAUUGUACACGGUUUAUUCGGUUCGAAAUCUAAUUGGAAUAGUAUAUGUAAGUAUUACAAUCAAAAAUUUAACCCUUCUAGAAAAAUCAUUGCUGUUGAUACGAGAAAUCAUGGGGAUAGUCCUCAUAGUGAUAAACAUACCUAUGCACAUCUGGCGGCUGACAUAAAAUCUUUAUACGGGCAAUUAAAUAUUCAGAAAGCUGUUUUAAUGGGACAUUCCAUGGGCGGAAGAGCAGUUAUGUUAUUUGCUUUAAAAUAUCCUGAACUUGUUGAAAGGUUGAUUGUGGCUGAUAUUUCUCCUAUAAGUGAUAGUCCAAAUAUGCAUACUCUUCCAAAUUUAUUUAAAAUUAUGGAAAAUAUUAAAUUACCUUCAAACAUCCCUAUGUCACAAUGUAGAUCACAAGUAGAUAUGGAGUUGUCUAAAUCUAUAGAAGAUAAGGGACUUAGGGAUUUUUUGUUAACUAAUUUAGUUGAAAAAAAUAAGGGCAGUUUUCAUUGGAGAAUAAAUAUCCAUGGAUUAUUAGCUAAUUUUAAUUGUGUCACUAGAUUUCCAAUAGUUAAUGACUUGCAAUAUGAAGGUCCAACUCUAUUUUUGGCUGGUGGGAAAUCAGAUUUUGUACCCAAAAAUUUGGAUCUGGCCUAUAAUUCAUAUGAAACUACAAGUUAUCUACCAGAAGAUUCUAAACCAAUCCCUUUGGUGGUAUUACAUGGAUUUUUAGCAUCGAAAAAUAAUUGGAAUACCAUGUGCAAAAAGAUUCAUCAUAGUAGUAAAUCGAAAGUUAUUGCAAUAGAUGCCAGAAAUCACGGCGAUUCACCUCAUUCCAAAGAACAUACAUACGAUUGCUUGGCAACAGAUUUGAAAAGAUUUUUAGAAAAAAUGGAAUUGAAAAAAGUAAAUCUAUUGGGACAUUCCAUGGGUGGUCGAACAGCCAUGCUGUUUGCUCUAAAAUAUCCUGAUUUAGUUGAAAGAUUAAUUGUAGCUGACGUGUCACCAGUUUCGACCAGUGAUUCGACCAAAAUAAUUCCCAAUGUCUUAAGUAGUUUAAAACGUAUACAUAUCCCUUCAAAUAAAUCUCUUCGUGAAGCUAAAAAAAUAAUAGGAGAAAAUUUAUACAACGUUAUUCGACACAAAUUAAUGCUGGCAUUACUACUCACUAAUCUUGUCCAAAAAAGUGAUGGAAGCUAUGGUUGGAGGUUUAAUACUAAAACACUAUUGGAUCAUUUUGAAGUAAUGUCAAAGUUUCCGGCUAUUUUUAAUUUGUCUUUUGAUGGACCCACAUUAUUUUUAGGAGGCGGAAAAUCAGAUCACAUUCAGAAAAGUGACUUUCCAAGAAUUCUAAAACUAUUUCCAAAUGCGGAGUUGAAAUAUAUAGAAGGAGCAGGUCACUGGUUACAUAGUGAAAAACCAGCAGAGUUUUUAUCAAUUACACUAGAGUUUCUCAAUAGACGUUUUGACGCCACCCAACUCAAGUCAUCUACGUCUAAUUAACUGUGAUAUGUUGCUAUGAUAUAUUCGUAUUGAACAAUAAAUUAAUAGAACAAA